GGAGCUCUCGGUGUUAAGGUGGUUGGUCUGGCACGGGCUGGUUGGUCGGUUUGUUGAGGGGUAGUCAUGGCUCGAUUCGCUGUGCUACUGCUUUUACCGGUUCUUCUACUGAUUGAUUCAGUAUUUUCAAUUUCUUUCUUUUUGCCCGUUAACACAAGAAAAUGUUUACGAGAGGAGAUCCACAAAGACGUCCUGGUCACGGGGGAGUAUGAAAUGAGCGAACAGGCGAACACGAAAACUAAUCUGAAGAUCACAGAUUCCUCCGGCCACACUCUUUACUCCAAGGAAGAUGCAACAAAAGGAAAGUUUGCAUUCACCACAGAGGACUAUGACAUGUUUGAGGUGUGCUUUGAGAGCAAAUCACCCAUGGGGACUGGAAGAGUGCCUGACCAGCUGGUCAAUCUGGAUAUGAAGCACGGUGUGGAGGCCAAAAACUAUGAAGAGAUCGCUAAGGUGGAGAAGCUGAAGCCUCUGGAGGUGGAGCUGAGGCGGCUAGAGGACCUGUCUGAGUCCAUUGUGAAUGACUUCGCUUACAUGAAGAAGAGAGAGGAGGAGAUGAGGGAUACCAAUGAGUCCACCAACACACGCGUGCUGUACUUCAGCAUAUUCUCCAUGUGCUGUCUGAUUGGCCUGGCUACAUGGCAGGUCUUCUACUUGCGGCGCUUCUUCAAGGCAAAGAAGCUGAUCGAGUAAAGUCGACCUGAAGCUCCUUUACCUCGGGGAAAGCUGCCUGUCAGCCAGCCAACACAUCCCAACAUCCACCCUCCUUGGACUAGCUUCAGCAAACAACAGCAAGUGGGGUUGAGGGGCUCAAAUUCUAGUUUUCACGGCUGUAAGGGAAAGAGUACCGGGGUUGUCCUCUGAAAAUAAAAAACGAUCCACCUGCUUAUUGAAGUGGUUUGAAACAUGAAAAGCGCUGUAGGGAGAAAUGCACUGUGAGGCACAGGAGACGUUUGUCGUUCUCCAUGCUACCUUUCAUUUCUACUUGCACCGUUUUGAAUGUUGCGGCUUACUGAAUAAGACCUUGUUCCUUCAAUCAGUUGAACAGUGAUGUUUGAUUUUGAGCUUGGAUGUGCCAUGAGCGAACGUCUUUUGCCCUUCUGUUAAUGUACACAUUCUUUGCCACGCCAAGCAAACUAGAUCCUUGGUGCCCUUUUUAUCAAGUGAAGGCUAUUUGAAUAAAGUGGUUUGUUGUUACUUUGAUGAGAAAACUGGCAACCACUGAACUUCUGUGUUUUGUCACUUAAUUUGCAUACAUGUUUGGUAGCUAAAUUUAACUGUGUCUUUAGUUUGUUUUCAUAUUGUAAAUGCUACUUAGUUGCUUUAAUUGGUUUAUUUUUGUGGCGGGGAUUGUGAGCUUUCAGAGUAAUAUUCUCCUAGUUAUAAAAAAAAAGGUCACUUCUAUGAGCUCUUGCACGUUCUACUUUUUUGUUUAUGAAACACCUGAACAUUAAUUUAUCAUUAAUCAUUCAGCAAAUUAGCCAGAAACCAAAACCUUUGUCUUUAUACUCGCGCAAGUUGCUCUUCUUCGAAUGCGAUGGAUGGCGGUUUUUACGGCAAACACGAUCCUAAAACAUGUUCUGAAACUUCCUUUGAGUCAUUCAGCCCUUUAUCUUUACACACUGGUAAAUUUAGUUAUUUGUUUGUAAUUUUCUAAAUAUCACAUCAUAUUUACAGUACUUGCAGAUCCAUCCAGCUUUUUUUUUUUUCUUCAGAAAUCCAUAUGAGGUUUGGGUAAGCAGAGAGUGUGUGUUUGUUUUUGACAGGGAUUAAUUGAGGCAUCUGUCAUGGAUACAUUUUUAACAAUGGACAUGCACAUUGUGCGUAAUCAAUAAUUUUUAUGUUGACUGAUGAAUUUUGUAAAUUUGUGUUGGGCUUUUAUUCAAUAAAAUAUUGGAUGGAUUUACAUUA